CUGCAGAAUGAACUUGCUGAGUUGUCAUCUGUGACACCGUCAGGGGAAGUCCUGACUCCUGACACUGCAGUUCCUGCCUCUACUUUGCCAUGGCCUCAAUUCCAGCAGCAUCAUCUGGGCUGGCUGGAUUUGCUGGAUACCUGCUUGUGCUGAAAUGUCACGGGGUUGUCAGAAAGAACUGGGCAGCAAGACUGUGCUGCAGGCCUGUGGACUCCCAAAUCCAAUGGAUCCACUAGCAGGCUAACAUGUGAUUUCUGGCUGAGGAUAAAAUGGCUACUGACAGCUCAUCUCAAGGUGGUGCUGAAUGCUUGGUGACCAGAAAAGCAGCAAGAGGGGGUUUGCUCUACAGCUAACAUGUGGGUAUUGGCAAGUGCCUCUCAGUACGUGGGCUACUGACUACUGUGACAGGCAAACUCCGUGGGUGCCAAGCAGAGGCACUGCUGCAUUUUGCAGGUGUUUGCCAAGUGAGGCAUCCCUUUUCUUCUGUGCAGACCUUCCCUGGAGGCAGUGACCUAAUUGUCUGUCUAGCUCCAGACAGCAGGUAAUGGAUGAGUGUCUAAGGCAGUCAGGUGCUGGUGCAUGCUGGCACUCCUGUAUGACUGGGCAGCAUGAUGGCACCCCAUUCAGCAGUGUAACAGGCUGGCAAAGCCAAACUCACUGCUCCAAACAAACCCCCUCAGCUGCAGGUGCUAGGUGUUCUCUGUGCCUGCAAAGUGGCUGCAGGCACCUGUUCUGCUGUCUGUUGAAUGCCUGCAGGUUGCUGCAUCACAUGCACAAGUUUUAGGAGCAAUGCAAGCAGCCAGUGUACCCUGUGUGACAUGGAGCCUCAUUCAGGCAGGGCUGUGGAGCAGCACAUUUCUUCAUCUGACACCAACCAUCUGCUGUAGCUGCAAGGUCCCACUCUGCUUGGCAGCUGAGUUCUCAUGCUGGGGUAGCAGCACCUCUGCAUUUCUCCCGGCCAUGCUCUGAUGUGUGCCUAAGUGCCAGCUGACACCUGGGUGGUUUAGAUGUGGGUGCCAAAAGGUUCAAGGCUGUGCUCCAAAUUCAAGAUAGAGAUAUCUUGUGGGUCCCUCUCACUGUGCAGCAGUGGGAAAGGAGGAAGGCUGCAUGAGGAAUGGGAUGAAGAAGAGUACAUCCAUCCUUUAAAACUGUGAUGCCAUGGUAGAUGCUGGCAAGCUUCCCUGGGUUGCUGUGUUUGCUUCUGUCUUCCCUGCUGUGAAAUCAGUAGACAUCCAAAGAUGGUGCUGACCUAAAUUAGAGCUGAAGGAAAAUUUCCCUACGUAGGGACUAAAAGUCCCACUAGUUUAGAGUGGAAACUAGUGAAAUGCCGCGUGAUAGAGAUGUGCAGAGCAAUUCCUGGCUUAGAGAUAAGUCUGUUCCUCUGCUCACCCCCUCACAAGAUGUUCAAAGAAAUGGAAAGACAACUCAUUUCACACUGGUAAACUGACACACUUCUCAGAGAGCCAGCAAACUGGUUUGUGCAGGUGGGCAAGAUGCCCUGCUGGCCAACAGUUUCAGAUGGCUCACAAAGGAUCAGGUAUUGAUAUAAAAAACAAGGAUACCCAAAAAUGAAGUAAAAAAUUUGGCUUAAGUAAGAUAAAAGAUGGCAUGAUUCUCAGACAUCUACUUUGGGAUUCAGGUAAAGAAUGGUGGCAAGGAGUUUCUAUUUUCCUGUCCCUUCUUUCAAACCAAUUUUGGCAUUAUUAGUGACACCAGGAAGACCAAGUCUCCAAGUCAGGGCCUUGCACCAUCACUGCUGGCAUGGCUUAGGGUGUAGCACCUCUCCCUUGUCCUGCCUUCAAAGCACCAUGAGGGAUGAGGUACCAUGGGAAGCUGCAGUUCUGGGCACAGGUGUUGGCAGCCACAUACAAAGCUGUAGGAAAAGUAGCCAUGUCCCAGGAUUACAGAACACCUCUCUCUUGCCAGGGUACCAAAAGGCAAGUGUGGAAAGCACAAGAUUGAUGAUCAUCUGAAAGUGCUCCCUCUCCUCCCUCCAUCUGCUGCUCCAAGCCCCCUGGGGACACCUGUGGGACUUUACAAGCCCUCUGAAAGAGCCAGCACUAAGCAAGUCCUCCCUUGGUGUUUGGGUGUUUGACCAUGAGUGUCCUUCCUUGUGUUUCUCUAGAAAAGGCAUUGAGGAGCCCUGGCUGGGGGCUCUGGGGAUGGACCAGGUUUGGGGCAGGGGCUCAGCCCUGCCUCCCCAGCAGCCUGCUCUGGGACUCUGGGUUGUCUCCCAGAGAGCUGGCAUCAGGCAGGGCUGUGUGUGCCAGGUGUGACACCACAUGCCAGUGCACUGUCCAGGCUGAUGGAGCUCAUACCCAUUUGUGUGUUUGGUUACUCUGCCAGUGUGGUUCUGCCAUUCAGCACUACUUGAUGUGUACCUUCUGCACAGCUCCCUGUCCCCUGCUUCACAGCCACCCUGCCCCACAGCCUGUCCUCCCCCACGCUGCCUCUGAUGUGCUGGGCUCCAGCACUGCUUCUACAAGCUCCACACAUGCCUGGGCACAAGCCCACUGCAUGUGAGCCUGUUGGCAGAGCUGCUUGUGCUGAACACCUCCUCCAAUCAUGCUGCGUGAGCUGGAGGAUUUGGGAAGCUCCUGUUCCUACCAAAUGGGGUGGAGAGAAGGAAAAACCAGUGCACACACCCCCAUAAUCCAAAAAUGAAGCAGAUCCCAUUGGAGUGAAAGUACAGUACUAGCAUGAGUGUUGUUCACAGCCAUCUCCUGCCAAGGUGGGUGUCUCAGAGUCUGUCUGCAAGAACAUACCCUAAAUAAGCUGUACUCAAUCCCUGGGAGUCUUGAACAUGUUUUGUGGUGAUGGGGGGCGUUGAAGGACAUUUUCCUCUGAAUGGAGUAAUGAAGCAGCAACGUAAUACACUCAAGAGUCAUGUAUUAAUUUGAGAUACCAUCCACCCCCAUGCCAUGGAUCGUGGCUUCAACCAAAGCCCUGUGAACAUCAAACCCUCCAUCAGGCAUUGUUCAUCCCCCUGGGAGCACAAUUUUUGCUCCUUGGUUGUUGCAGCUGGAUUUACUGCAGUAGUAACAUAUUCCCAAUGUUGAGUCCUGCUGGGCUGAACAGCCACCUGUACCUGUCCUGCUCUUGUACUGCCUGGAAAUGCACACACUGGGAAGCACAAAGGAAGCUGGGGCAUGGCCCCUUGCCAUCAGCAGUAAUUCUACCCCUGGGUGGAUCAGCCCUUCUGGUUAAACGGGUCACUGCCCUUCCUCUUUGGGCCUUCCCCAUCCUCUCUGAACGAGACUGCCACCGAGAUGAGUCAAACUGUCAGACAACAUCUGCGCCCUCCGCUCCAUGCGCUCGGAUAGUUCAAGGUGGGCUCAGCCCAGCAGCGGAAGCACAGAAACCCUGCCUGGCUGGGGGGCGUCUGGCAGCUGAACCUUUUCAGUGUCCCCAGCGCAGCUGGGUAAUCUGGUUCAUUUUUGACUGAUCCCAGAAGGUAGACAAGGCCUGUGAAAACAGCAGUGAGAGGAAGUUUGGCCUUGAAUGGAUGUACUCUACCAGGGUUUGAGAUCUGCUGACCUGGAGACUCUUGUAAGUGUACAUCUGAGUACUUGCUCAUGAGCUGCUGAUUCCUUGCCAGGAACAGAUUAGAGGUUGCUCAGCUAAAUACACAACCCAUAGAUCUGUACAGGACAGGAGAAGGAGAAUGUGGUUCAUCCCUUCAAAAUAGCCCGGGGUGAACUCUAAUAAUUGGUGUCUUGAGACCGAAACUCCAGUAUGUGCAGGAGGUCUGACCCUGCCAACCUCCUGUCAGCCCUUCAGCUCUAGCCAGGCUUGCUCUUCCUCUCCAGUGGGGUCAGAUGGACCCCAUCUACCUGGGGCUUGGUGUCCUUAUCUGGGAAGCUAGCACAUAUGGCAUUUCCUUUCUACAGUUUUCUUCUCUUAAAAUAUGGACCCAAAAAAAAAAAGAAAUAAAGCAUUACUAAUGACAUUCAAAAACACCCACAUAAAGUGACAAAGCCAAGUACUGAAGACCUAGAAAUUGCUGGAAAUGGGUUUUCCUGGGCAGCCUAACUUCAGCUGCCUUGUGCAUAUGAUCACUUCAUGCAUUUUGCCCUGGAUUGCCACCUCUUCAGCACCCAGACUGGACCUUGGGUGGAGGAAGCAAAAAGCUGGACAGCUAGGCUGCCUCCUUUCUUAGCAGGGCUGGGAAACUCCUAUCAAGUUGGUGAAGCAAGAGACUGCAGAAAGAAAAUUGAUUCUCCUGGGCAGACAGCUGAUGCCUCCCUGAAGAGCUGGGUGUGUGUCUACCCCUGCAUUGAAGGUACUCUGUGAGUUGGUGAGCCACAUGAGCAAGAGCUUCAUAGGAGCAGCUGCAUCUUCCUCAUUUCCCAAGCUGCUAUAGAGAAGUGCUAAAGAUUUGCAGAUGCAGUCACAGACAUCAGGAUCUGGGGUUUGACUAAACUAAGUGCUAUAUAGUUCUAAACCAUCAAAAAAUUUAGAUCCUUGUUGGUUCAAAAUGUGUAUCUAAAAUGAAUGAGUACUUAUGACCUAAUUCUCUUUUGUCUUUUAUUUUGUACCUGUAAAAUAGGUAUAACUCCAUCCCCUCAUCCCCAGCUCCAGACCUGAAAAGAUGGCUUUAAAAACAGCUUCAUUUAUUACCCUGAAACACUCAGUGCUGAAGUGAUGAGCAUUACAAAGAGUCUGUGAAGAAAAGGAAAAGCUGGAUGUUGGAGCAUGCUGACUGCAGGACAAGAUGAAGUUUCCGGCCACGUGACUUUCAGCUUACAUCCCUAAGGUUCUGAGAAACCACAGGAGGCUGAGCCCUAAAGGGAAGGUGCAGAGGCUCUGAGAGUAGAGGCAGCGAAAGUGUCAGAGUGCUGGGCAGGAGGACAGAGAGCUUCUGGGACAGGUGGGAGCAGGAGCCCAGGGCCACAUCAGAGGUGGCAGAGGAGGACAGAGGAGAGGCAGAGAAGCAAGACAGAAAGCAGGCACACCAAGAGCACGAAGGAAGCAGAAGAGACCCUGGGAGGCAGAAACAGCAGCCAUGCCCCACAGCUCCGACAGCAGUGAUUCCAGCAGCUUCAGCCAGUCUCCCCCUCCCAGCAAGCAGGACUCUUCUGAUGACAUGAGGAAAGUCCAAAGGAGGGAGAAGAAUCGCAUUGCUGCCCAGAAGAGCCGCCUGAGGCAGACCCAGAAAGCAGACACACUGCACUUGGAGAGUGAAGACUUGGAGAGACAGAACGCUGCCCUGCGCCGGGAGAUCAAGCAGCUGACAGAGGAAAUGAAGCACUUCACCUCCAUGCUGAACUCCCAUGAACCACUCUGCUCCAUCCUGACAUCCCCUCCACCACCUCCAGAAGUGCUUUAUGCCACACACUCUUUUCACCAGCCCCACAUUAGCUCCCCACGCUUCCAGCACUGAGCCAGCCAGCAGGACAGCAGCCUGCCAGCUCCACUGAUGGCAAGAAGUAACUUCGUGGGGCUUGCUUUUCCAUCCAAGGGAAGGAGUUGGACAGAUGGACAUUCCUUCUUAAAGUAUGUAUUCUGAGUGAUUUGCCUAAGACUUGCUCCCUGUGCAGAAAUGGCAGAGUCACCAUGAGGCAUAUUUUGGACAGUUUCCAGCUUGGAUUCUGGGAGGAGGAGGCAGUCACAAAAGUGCACCAACCCCUUUCUCUGGUUCUUGUUUGGGGAGACUCACAGGAGUGUGCAGCACCAGCAGCCUCCAUAAGAGCAGCUGGCUGUGGCACACAACAGCCAGACCUCCAGGAAGAGGAAAGGGAGCAGGGUGGAGGGGAAGGUUGGGGGCCACAGAGUGUCAGGGCAAAACUGGUUUAUUUUUGUAAAAUAAAGGUUGAAAAUGCUU